AAUCCCCACCUCUACCCCAAAUCUGUUCUCCUAUAAAAACAAGAUUCAAACCCUAAAUAGAUCAGUUUCUCAUCACCUUCAACCAACAUGUCUUCUACCUUAGAAGCCAUGCUAAACCAGGGCUUGUUUGAGGAACAAGAGAUGCCUACACAGAUGGGUUUCUUUACUACUUUUCCACAGAACUUGACUUCAUGUCCUCCAUUAAUGUCUCGCCAUCAAUAUCUCAAAGCCUUCAAUAUCACAGCAGCUGCUGCUGAUGCACUUCCUAAUUCUUUUGCUAAUCUAUCUGAAACCCUGAUCUCAUCCCUCACCUCACAAAAGAAUAGGCAGCACCUUGCUUCUGAGUUUAGAGGUCCCCAACUCCUUCCCUUGCAGAGAUCCAGUGCAAAUUUCUGGGCAUGGGGAGAGAUAAACGAGUGUUUGGGAAGCAAGAAAAUGGGUGUAGAACAUGAUCACCUGGGAGUUUCAGCCAUGAAAAUGAAAAGGAUAAAAGCGAGAAGGAAGGUAAGGGAACCCAGGUUUUGCUUCAAGACCAUGAGCGAUGUGGAUGUACUGGAUGAUGGAUACAAGUGGAGGAAGUACGGCCAGAAAGUGGUGAAGAACACACAGCAUCCCAGGUAAUAUUAUAUUAAUCACGCACUUUAAAAAAACUUGAAAUUUUCUCUCUUUUUGUUUUUAUGCUUUUUAACAAUAAUACAAAAUCUUGGUGAAAAGUUACCGAUAUUCACAUCAAGUUUUUAGCCUUAGUUGUACCCCAUACACAUGCCAUGUUCCUUUCUUUUUUUUCUUCUUCUUUCUGUCUUGUAAUUAUACUUGUGAUGAUGAUUUGUGAGGGCUUUACAGGCCUGAUACUGCAUGAGAUCUGACAGGGUAAUUAUGAGG